UCUGUCUAUGUCGUUGGCCAAACAAGACAGCCACAUGACCAAGAAGAGGGAUCCUGUAAGUUGCAUAUGUUACGGAUUCCUUGUUCACAUCACAGCGGGCAACGGUCGAAAGGGUUCGGGCGCCCCGAAGCAGUGCCAAAUUGAUGCAUUCUUCUAGCCAUGGCGAUCGUCGGCAUCAUCCGCAGCCGCAACGGGAGCACCAACCUGGACAAGAUAAUCAGCAUGUUGCAAGUCCGAGCGCGGUUUCGUCCUGGGGGGUGACUUACCUCCUCCAGUCGGCAAAGCGAGGCUGGCAGAGGCACAAGUCUCCGCACGUGGCAUCGUUGGAUGCGGUCAACAACUGUCUCGACGUAACGGAGACUGCCACCUCCCGACUCCAGGAGCGGGUAGAUCUGGCAGAGGGUGCGACGGUGGGUGCGAUCGAGGUGGCGUUUGUCGCCGCCGCGGCUGCUCAGAACAUUGUCAGGUUUACCCUACCGGGGCACCCGGUUCGAAAGUUCGCACUCAUUGCGGAGUGUGGCCGGAGUGCCGCGGAGCUGUGCCAGGCACUUGAUCGAAAAGGCGUUUCGGUGCGGGGCAUGGAGGACUUGCCCGACGCGGUGUUCCUGCGUGGAGGCGAUCGUCGAACUGCUCAAGCCUUGGAGGCCGGGAUUCCCAACCUGUCGCGGCCAGAGGUGCAGGCUUACAUCGUCAGGCUGCUGUUUCAGGACUCUUUCCAUGAGUUCGUGAGCGACCUCAGUGAGAUGUUCUCUCACGUACAGACCCACCUUCCGGUACCGACGUCGAUGCGAACAUCAGCCAGCGACCCACCUGCUGCUGCUGCUGCUGGUCCUUCUCACGGGGGAAGCGGUGAGGAUAGCCCCUGCGGGGGGAGACAAGCGGACGACAUCGAUCAUGGCGGCAACGGCAGCCGUGAUAGCGGCAUCUUGAGCGGGGGCCGGGGGGUGUGUGUGGGAAGUUUCAACGGAGAAGAAGUUGUUGCCGCCGGCGGUGGCAGCAGAGCAGUUGGUGUGGAAGAAAGAGUGCAUGGAGAAGGGGCUUCGGUGGCCGGCAGUGGAGGAAGGGGCAAAGGGAAAGGGAAGGCGCACGCGAACAGAGGGAGAGGUGGAAGAGGGAGAGAACGGGGGCGCGGCAGAGGAGGAGGAAGAGAAUCCCUUUCAGGGAAACCUCCAGGUGCUCGUGGAUCUCGGAGAGGAAGUCAGCAGAGGAACGACGGAACUGGCGGUACCGGCCCUGGUGGCUCAACAGAUCGAGCUGUGGAUGACAUUCGCACUGCGGCAGGGUCCCCUUGGCGAGGAGGAGUACCCCUACCUCCCCACGCACAACGCUCGAAACGUCCUGCCACAGAAGAAGCAGAAGCAGAAGCAGAAGCAGGAGCAGCAAUGGCGAAAACAGUCACUCGUGGAAAGGGUAGCGCGAGAGGUGCCGCCAAGGGAUCCACUCAACGAAGACCAGCACCUCCCGCCAAGCGCGCGCGCACGCAGCAGCAGCAGCAGCAGCAACAACAACAACAACAACAGAAACAGCAACAGCAACAACAGAGAGAAUGUGGCGUUGGCGGUGAUACCUCAGGUUUCACGCAAAGCUUGGUAGGCGGAGACGACACAGGCACGAACAGUAGUCGAAGCAGUGGUGGCGGUGGUGGUGGUGGCAAGGCGCCGAGCGGGAGGGGACCCGCAAGCCGGACAGGACCUGGAGAAACUGAACCGGUUGUCGCCUCAGCACGGGGAGUGUCAUCAUCUGGACGGGCUGCGAGGGAGGGAAGCGGAGGCCAGCAGGUGACGGGAACGUGUGCGAAAGGCGGCGGUGUGGGGCAACCGAAAGCAUCGAGAAACGGGAACAGCAAGACAAGCGCUCGAAAGAGGAAGAACAGGACUGCGGGCGCUGCCGCCUCUACCGCUACCUCCUCCGGCUCUUCCACCACCAUCGCAGCCGCUUGCGAGGCUUUCGCUUCCGCUGCCCCUAGGACCGGUGGGGGUCUUGGUGGGGGUGCGGCGGCAGCAGUGGCGGCGGCCGGCGGCCGGCAGCGCGACACGAUGCCUGGCGUUCUCAUGUCGCCGGUCACCUCCAGCGGGAGGGCGCCCGGGCUCUGGAUGACCCUGAAGAAGAUAUGGUCUGAGGUCAACAAACACCGCUCCUCCUGGGCGUUCCGGAAGGGGGUGGACCCUGCGACGGCACCCGGUUACCUGGACGUCGUCAAGCACCCCAUCGACCUUGAGGGCAUCCGCAAGCGGCUCGACGGCCCGGUGGUGCACUACACCAGCAAGGCGAUGCUGCAAGACGACCUCGAGCUCAUGUGCCGGAACGCCAUGCUCUACAACGACGAGGGGACCGAGUACCACAGAGUUGCCGAAGAUCUCUUGCGCUUCAUCAAGUCGAUGUUUGCCCGCUAGGGCGGCUGGCGAGCCCGGGCAUACCAAUCAUGGGGAGGUCGCGGCAAUGACGAUCGUGGUGGUUGGUGAUGCUGUUCGAUCCAGAUAGGAGGGGGCGCUCCGGAACACUCCUUGCCCAGGCAUGCAUUUCGUGUCGCGCGCAGGCUUUGAACUACGGUCGAAUGGCGUGUUAGGGAGAGAGAGUGUCCCCAGAAGACAGUGUGUUACGGAUAACAGGGCCCUGCUGCCCAGAUCGCCGGGGGUUGCACGGCUUUCUCCACCGUCAUAUCGUCUGUUUCUUUUCUAGAGCACGGAAGAAGGCGCAGGAGAAGUCUCGGGAAAGAUCGCGAAGGGACAGGGGAGGGGCAGUGUGUCACACUCUGGCAUUUCCGAGAGGGGCGCUGGGUGGUCAUGGUAGACAACUAGCCGGGUUCUAAGGCCUGUACACAGUAGAGAGAGAUCAAUCGGGUUCACUUUUUCUCCCCGCUGGUGAACGCACUUUCUUGUGCGGCGGAGUAUCU